AUGGUCAUGCAGUGCGACAACAGUGAUCCUCAACUGCUAGACGUGCUCUACGCGACGGAGAUGCUGGAUCGGGUCUACCCGCAGACAAAUGUCUACUACUCGGAAUGCAUCAAAGGCGCUAAUUUUGUACUUGGCCUAGCGGUGGCGAAGGGUGACGACUACAGAUGGCGUCCGAAGAGCCGCACGUACGAUUACAGCCACGUGCAGCCUAGUUGGAUGUCAGACAAGCAGUGGAGAGUUCACCCUCACUGGCGUUACUGUCUGCUGAAUGACACCGAUACGAACAUCACGAAAGAAGAGGCGUUUGUCAUCUACGCGAAUCAGAUGAGGCAUAGCGGCAAAUUACCGGCGCUCUGCCGCCCUCGCGAGCAGCUUGUGAAUAGGCUCUUACUGGAUCUUGAGGCAACCAGUGCGCUGCAGGAUAGCUGGGACCUUCAAUGGCAAUUUUUGAAGGACAAUCUGAUUCACUUGGUAUUCUUCACGGCUCCUUCCGGCUUGAUUCGGUUCUACAACCAGACUCUUGAUGACUACGACUAUGAGGAUCCAAACUGGAGCAUUUUUGACCAUAUCGGAGCAAUAUUGAGUAUAGAGCACGUCCAAGAGUGA